AUGGAGAUGCGCUCCCUAACCCGCUGCCUCCGUUCGAGGCCGACAUCUCUUCUCUACAAGCAGCAACCAGGCCUCCUUGCAACCCAAUUCAUGAACAGAUCCGCCAUCCGCAGUUAUGCUAGCAAACCCUCGGAACCCACAAAGGCCCCGACCCAAACCGCAACGCAAGCCCCCUCUGACUUCGACGAGAUCCUUUCCAAACUAAACAUCAACAACCGCGAAUCCGCUGCUGAAGGUUCACGGAGCCGUUCUUCCGAAGACCCCCUCGCGCUCUCUCGCGCCGUGGGCAUGUCCGCAGAGACAGAGAACUAUCGGACUCCCGUGCGGCGGGUGGAGCUGAAGUUGGGACCUACUCUCGGUCGUCAGGUGCACGUGGAGCCGGAAAAGGGCACGGAUUUGGCCUCGGCGCUGAGGAUAUUGCAAGCGACAUGCACGGCGAAUAAGAUCCGGUACCAGGCCAAUGGCCAGAAGUUCCACAUCAGACGGGGACAAGUGAGGAAGAACUUGAAGAUGGACAGGUGGAGGAAGCUGUUCAAGUUCUCGUUCCAGAAGACGGUUAGUCGGAUCGAGAAGAUGAGGGCGCAGGGAUGGUAA